AUGUGCGCACAGCUGGCGCUGCCGCCGUGCCCCGCGUACCCCGGCGGUGCCAUGGGCUACCUGGAGCUCUGCUGGAACGCGGCGGGACAGGCGGGACAGGCCCCCACAGCGGCGGGGCCCGCGGGCAGCGCCGCGGCCCGGCACUCUCCGGAGGCGGCGGGCAGGAGGCACACCGCAGAAGUAUCCCCAGCUUCAUCCAGUUCUGGGAAUUUCAGCCAAUUCACACCAGAUUCAGCCACCAGUCCACAUUCAUCAUCCUCAUCCCCACAGCCUACAGCUAAGUCUCAGAAGGGCAGAGAAUAUGGCGUGGAGGGGAUGAGGAAGACCAAGAGCCGUACAGCUUUCUCCAAGGAGCAGCUGCAAACCCUGCACCAGCGCUUCCAGAGCCAGAAGUACCUCAGCCCCCAGCAGAUCCGGGAGCUGGCUGUUGCCCUGGGGCUCACAUACAAGCAGGUGAAGACUUGGUUCCAGAACCGGAGAAUGAAGCUGAAAAGGUGCCAGAAGCACAGCCUGUGGAGCGAACGGGCUCAGUGCCUCACACAGAGUGGCUACCAGACUGGUACUUACCUGGAUGUGCACCCCAAAUUCCACCAGGGCUACCCCAUCACCGCAGCUGGCAACAUCCAAACCAUGCAUGCCCCCUGUCAGCACUAUGGAGCAGGGCAGAACGCUUACACAAUCGUGACCAGCGAGGAUGGAGGAGUCUUUGGCAAAGGUGGGGGCACCUGCAGUGUCCAGCAGACAGUGGGCUUCAUUGCUCAGCACAAAGUAGACUUUUACCACAGCUACCCUGGCAGUGUGGAAUAUCCAGGCUCAAAGACUGGUGAUGGCUGUAAUUUUCACCACUCAGCCACUAUGGGGACUCCUUUCCCAACCACUGCCAGCCAUCAUCUUUAUCAUUCCUAAGCACUGUGGAUGUGGGG